AUGCAAAUGGAAUCAUGGCGACAACGAGGAUAUGUCCCUGACUCGGACGAGGAAGAUGGGUUUGAUUCUCUAGAUACGAAGAAUGGCAAUGUCGAAAAUAGCCUUACUAUCGAAAAUCUCGACUAUAUUGACAACUCUUCAUCAUCGCCGAAGGAAGGGACGACGAGUGCAACGAAGGAACAACGGGCUGAGAAUGGCUCCAUCACACUCUCAGAUACAGAGGAAGGGCUUCGCCGCAACACGAGUCGAGCAAGUCCUCACUUUACAAAUGCAGCACAUGACGAAACGACACCAAAACAAAGAAGAGGACGCAAGACUUACGGACUUCGAUCGUCGGCUACGAAAUCGACCAAUCGCCACAGCGGCGAGCUGCAUGAUACCCAUGCCCCCACAAAGGGUAAAGGUAGCAUAUACGACUUCCCGGAGUCAUCACAGGAAUAUGACAGGUCUCAAUCAAAGCCCUUGAGUCGCGAGUCUACGCCGAAGCCGUUGAAGACCGCACGGCCAUCGCAAUCACAAGUUAUAGCAGAACCGCACACCUCAGAGGCCAAGACACAGGAUGGUAUCUCAAGUACUCGGAGCUCCUCACCUGACGAAUUAGUAUUGAUCCCUCAGCCAGUCCGAAAGAAGAAACCCUUGGCCCAGCAUGUCCAGCCAACGGAGGCGCCACUAUUACCACCACCACUAUCACAAGAGAUAUCAGAAGAUGACUCACCAUUAUCUUCUGUACCGUCAUCCUUUGGCUCCCCGCCGGCCAAAGAUUCUACGGAAAUACAUGAAGAUGGUGUGAUGGAGGCAGAACCAGAAAGACCGGCAGAUAAGGAGGCAGAUUCACAGAAAGCAGUGCUCGUUGAACUAGAUGCCAACCCCGAUGUAUUACCUCAGCUUGAUAUUCCCGAAGAAGUGUUGCGAGAAUUACCGCAUGCUACGCAAAGAACAUUCCGAAAGCGCAAUGCCAUUCAGAUGCACCCAUACCAUCUGGAACAGCUCAAGUUUGCCCAGCAACUGCAAGCGCGGGGUGUCAAGCCUUUCGGUCGACCUCCACAGCAAAGACAGCAGGUUACCGAUGAAAGUCAAGGGCAGGAUUCAUAUGAUCCCGAUGCACCUCCGUCAAGUCCUCCUCUUGAAGAGUAUCUUCCGCCGAUAAGACAUGAACGACAUCGUGGCGCACAAUCUGCUGCGCAAGGGCAAGAAUGCAACGACUCAGAGCGUUCUAGGCUACCGCAAGCCCAUCUGACAAAGCGUCAGAAGACUUCUCAUUCUGGAACCCCGAAAGAAAAUCGAAAUCUACACAAACCGUCUAAGCCUCGUGGCAUUAGAGACAAAAAUAGAGCUACUGGGAAUCAAAACAGUAUUUCUAUCUAUGAGCUAUCAUCUAGCCCCCCACACGCAGGCCGUUUAUCUUCGUCCUCAAGAACCCCUCGUGCCUCAGAGGGAGGGUUCCGGUUCCCUCGUGGGUGGUCGCCGCCAGGAGAAGUUACAAAAUCCGGGGCACAGGAAACAGAACAAGCCGGCGAGAUCCAAUCGCCUGGUGCGGGUACCGAUGAUGAUAAUGAUGAUGAAGAGGAAGUACAGUCCAUCUCGUCCAACAGCCAGAGUGAUCAAGAAGAAACCAAGUCAGAUGCUGAAGAACGUGAAAUUCGACGAUUCCAACGAAUGAUCCGGGGAGCGCUGCCUGCGUCACAUGCGCGACUGAAUCUGAAGAAAAAUGCAGAUAAGGAAAAAGCUGCUCAACUAGAUCGCCAUGCUUUAUUACAACGACCGGAUGGAAAGGGCGUUGCGCGGAAGCUCAUUCGAAGGGGUGAUCGCUCAAGGCAACUAGCAACGCAACAAGCAAGAGGCUUGUUUGAUCUUGGAGAUUCUGACUCGGACGAUGAGGACAACCAUAAUGGUGUCACAGGACAUGUCUCUAUACCUGAUGACUCCAGUCAGAGGUUGACUGACACCCUUGGCCUCGAAGACCCUUUCGCGCUGGAAGAGGGUGAUAUAUCCGAGGAUAAUCGCGUUGACUACAUGUUUGCGUCUGUUCCGCGCAACUCAACAGGUUCUCGGCACAAAACAAAUAGUUUAAAGAGGCCGAAAUCGAAACAAAGUUUACUUAAUGGGGAGAGACAGCCCAAGAGGCCUCGACAAACCCGAAUGACCGAUGCCUCAUAUGGAACACGAAGGACCAAGAAACCCUCAACUGCGCAGCGCCCAAGAAUAGGAAUCUUGGAUGCGCCAGAUGUUGCCGCAAAGCCUCGCAAAGAGCAAUCGCGACUGCUUCGGGUAGCGACAAGACGACCACGCUCACGCAAAGAUGGGGGUAGGCAAAGUCCCACUCAGAAGUUUGUGAAACUGGCCUCAAGGGAGGACACAGUGGAUGCAAAUGAGACUUUGCGGGAUUGGAAAAGGGGAGCGAUCCAACAGGCUAAGAUUAGUCCACCUCGUCCCAGAGCUCGCCAGCACCGACAUUGGACAACAAAUCUUUCAAUUCUCAGUGCUCGGGCUAAAUCGAAUGCCAAAAAUGGCCGGAUACCGAACCUAUUCCUCGAUGCAGAGGUAGACGCCGAUGUUUCGGACAUCGACACAGUGGAACCGGAACAGACACAGGAACCACCUGAAUCUAGCGCAGUACCAGUCCUGCCAAACCAAGCCUCAGUGGCCGAGCCCUUGCCACGUCGAAAACCAGUGCAACACGGUCACACGUGGGUUGUUCCUAGAAAUCUUGCCAUAACAUCUUUGAAGAGGAACACAAUGAGGCCUGCGGCAACUAGUUUGGCAGGCCCUGAUAGAAGCCAAAAAGUGCUUCCCGCCAUGUUCAACCAGUCAUUGUCUAUUCUUAACCGACACUAUAAGAAUCAGCGCACAUCUCGACCCUACAAGCCUAGCCUGACCUUGGAUCGAUAUGUGUCCGACAGUGGAUCGUUGAGUACUAGAGGCAAUUCCUCGCCCAAGCAUGCUUCUGUUGCUGCUGCUGUUGCCGCUUCGGCUGAAGUAAAAACUCAAAGCCCAAUUCAAAAAGCCCCUGUAUAUCGACGGCGUUCGAAGAAGCAUCUCCCCAACCGAAUCAAUCUUGAUGCCGAUGAAUUCCGUCACAAUCCAGAUCCUGCUACCAUAGUCUUCGAUGACCCGGAACCGCCUACCAUAACGGACGCCGCAAAUGCACGUCCUUCGUCUUUCAGCGUCGGCGGUCUUUUCAACUGGCAACGCUUUUAUCCGGUCGACUUUGGAGUGCCGUCCCUACGUGACAACACAUUCUUCCAUGAGACUACAUUCAUAGGAAGCGGGGAAUUUUCUCGUUCAUUGCGAAUCACAGAGCGGGACUUCGAUGGGGAUGCUACUUUAUUCCCGAUUCAGCUCAGAGACAAGACAUUCCAAUGGGGUCGCUGGAACGAUGCAGUAUCAUCAGAGAUGGGGCAGGUCUUCGAUGUCAUAAUCGAUAAUGUUGAGCGAAGUGCUGUUACCUCCCCAGAGACGGGCAUGACGGCUGCUCUAGGUGUGGCAUCGAGGCUAUACAGGUUGUUGGUCAAAUACAUUACUCAAAACCUAGCUUUCAUCGACCCAGUUGAUCGUACGGGGUUUGUCACUAGAGCAAUUGGCCUGGUCUCCCAGGUGAGAGACCCGUUGGCUGCCUUUCUGACUAGCGAAGAAUACAACAAGAGCGGACUCGUCAAGAUUGCUUGCUUCAACAUGAUUUUCUCCAACCAGAUCUAUCAAAUUGCUUCUCAUCGGCUCGUCAGCCCUGCGCUUGCGACCGAAGCUUUGGAUCUUGUUAAAAUAUCCGCUAAAGAUGUCGCAGGCUUGAUCACGUCCAGAGUUGGUUCUUCCGAGUUUAAAACAUUGUUCAAGGAAAACAACGAGCCUGAACGCCGGGAGUUGGGGUUGCGCGAUGAAUAUCCAUCGGUGGAGGCUUACGUCGUCACCAAACAUCUUCUACGCAGCUCAGACAACUACAAGGGCUGCUUUGAAGAUAUCCAGCUUGAGACUUUCAACAAUGGAAUUAUUCGCAAUGAAAGGGACGUAGGCAGCUUGGAGGCUGGAUGGCGUGGGAUAUUCACAGUCUUGCCCUUCAACGAAAUAGAUCUGCUUGGGAUUGCGCGCCCUGGUUACCAGUUGACAGCUACCAAUGACAAUUGGAAAUUAGCCAAGCGGCUUCUCGCCCCAGCUCUGGACCAUUUUGAGUCCAACUCUAAGACACAACCCAUCUCAUACAACAGCUACUGUCGAACCUUGUUCCUUAGAUGUCAUCGGCUUAUCAAUUCAUGGGGGUGGAGAGAAUGCAAACCUAUUCUGGACACGCUAUUCGACUUCUUCGCAAAGAACACACUCCACAACCUGAAACUCGAGGACGCUCGUGGCUCGCCUUCAUUUCUUGACGAACUUGAUAGCAAUCCUUCUCUGGAUGUCCGGGUGGGGGAACCGUGUUUCCACACAUUUCUCAAGAUCGUAGCAAGCGGUCUCCGCUUUUUGGCGAAGAGAUAUGACAAGAAAAAGAUUCGAAACUUUGCCUGGCGUCUGCUGCCUAAUCACGGCCGUGUAUACCCGAAAGAGCAGCCAUUGCAGCACGAGGACCUCGAUGCACUAAGAAAUCACCACGAUCUCCUCAGCACCCUGUACUGGGCUGUUCCCGAUGGGUGCCGUCCUCGGCUUGAGACGAUACGCAAUCUGGUCCAUCCUGCCACUUCACAUCGUGAAGCGUGCAGUAUCAAUUUGCGCGCAUGGUCAAGGCUUGUUCGAUUCAAGCUUUCCACGGAUGAAGAGGUUUCGGGGCUGGAUCCAUUUGGAGACUGGUAUGGCUAUUUCGUUACAGAGCUGCAACAACAGCAUUCAUAUGCUCGCAAAGAGAUCGAGGCUCAAAAUACAGGCGACAAUCGGGUUUCUCAACAGCUUGUUGAACGCACAAUCUCGCAGAACCAGCGGCAGAUUGAGACCUUGCUGAGCAAUGCGCUUAGCGGGCUGCGGAUUGCUGUCCAGCUAGCUCCGAAACUGGAGCAUGCACACAGGCUUGUUCUGAGAACUCCUUUCGAGUCUAUCCUUACACUUUUCAACCCCAAGCUCCCGCGCGUGAACGUCGUUGUAUCUGAGGCACUGCGAGUCCUGGUAGUGUACACUCAGAAAGACGUUCCAGCUACAUCCACAUCAGAUGCUCCUGCGGCAGUGGCUACUGAUGAGGACAGCCAGGAGUUCGGUGAUUGGGAUGCCAUUCAGGCUGUUUGGGACCAGCAAAGUACCCCAAGUGAAGGUAUUGAACAUGUAGAGAAAUUUUUCCAUCCGAUUGUUUCUCGUCUUGUUUCGAACUGCUUUGGCGAGGACCACUGUCCAGAGGAUGCGAUUCUUCUCAGUGUGGUGGAAUGCUGGACAUCAAUCGCCCAGGUUCUUAUUCGCCAUGGCCUCCGAAAUUGGGACAAUUAUUUGAGCGAGUUCGGUGAUGAUUCCUGGACGCGGCUUCGGCAGACAGUCCAGACAAGAAAGUUUGCACCGCUGUUCCUUGCGGCAUGCAUUGAAAAGGACGCACAGAUUAUUUCUGACUGCCGAACUCAAGUUAUGAGUAUGUGGAUGUCAUCGCUGGUAGAGCGCUCCUCAAUGUUCAAGUUUCAACAUCGUCUCACGGAGGCGCUUUUGAAUGGAAGUCCAACGGAUCCCUUGCUUGCCAAUCUCCCGUUCUCUAAGGAUAAGAAAAUUGGCCGGUAUACGGUCACAAUGGAGGAAAUUAGCUCUCGGCGACUAUCUCUCCUCUCGAGCCUAUCGUCUAAUAUGCGCGAGCAGCUCCAGGAGAUGGAACUUUCUGGCAAUCGAAACUUCACUAUGACAAAGCAGGAGUACUCCGAGAUACUUCAGCGGGUGAUGACUUCCAUGAAAGACAACUACCAAGAGCUAGGCAAUGGAACAGUGCAGGCCGCUCAGGGGGAAUACGUCGAAUUUGUGCAACGCGUCAUCGGUUUCCUCCAGCAACACACCAGUGAUAUCAAACCCAUCGACCCCUUCUUCACGGACCCUGCUUCGUUCCCUUUGCCAUCUACGGACCCACGCUACAUUGUUGCGAAGCUCAAACGCUACGAGUCGAAGUUGUCUUCCAGCAAAGAGAUCCAGACCUUGAUCGGCUUCGUCCAGAGCAUUUCCGAGCGCGCUGCCAUUGAUGGCCAACAGUGCUAUCUGGUUGACCAACUGCACACCUCGAUGAAGAAUACCUACGAAUCUGGAGACAACGAAAAACCCACUCUCCGCGCCGUUCUUUUGCAAUGCGUGUUUCCAGCGUAUCUCGAAGCGACUCUUCCCAACCGCGCCGCCUGGAUUCUCAGCCGUCCUAUCAUCCAGAUCAUCACACUGGAGUUCAAGAACCUGCUGUGUAACAUAGAUACUCUGGAUGCAGCCUGUGUCUCUUCUGUCAUUGAUAUCAUUGAUGUUGUGUGCCGAGCCUCGUGUCAAGCACUGGGUGUGGUCGCAUUCCGUCGCCAUUGUCUGCAAACUCCUACGACUUUACUCAUGCUUGCCGCCUUCCUAGACAUGAUCUCCUCGGCGCUGCCAGUGGUAGAUUACAUCGAUCGAGCCACUAACGCAGGAGAGAGUAUUAUCACGCACAUCGAGUGGAUCCGCGAUUUUACCAAUGUCGUGAGUACAUGUCUUCAGAACACAGAUCUAGACACAGACUCGCCCUCGAGCAAUUCCCAUAUCACAUUCCCUGCGACAUCCCCGCCGUCUGAUAGCAGGAAAACCGAACUCUUCGGGACGGCUAACACCCUCGCCUCGAAUGACCUCCAGCUCUAUCUCAGAAAAUGGUCUCAUCAUCAGGAUAAGUACUACUUUACUCGACCUGGUCAUGAGUCACAGGAAAUCACAAUCGAGCCUGAGAUUGCGGCUCUGGUGGCUAGUCCAAGUGAAACGGAAAAGGUCUUUGAGAAUGCGGCGAGGGGAUUCUUUGCUCGUGCAAAUGCUCUGGAGUUGUUGUUUUGA